GCAAUUCACUUUUAGCGUCGUUCACUUAACAUGUCAUCCCCAACAAAACUAUACGGCUUGGACAAGGACAUCCAAGAAAGACUGCAGAGCAAGUAUUCGGUAGAACGCGAGCAACAGGCUCGAGAAUGGAUCGAAGCAACCAUUGGUGAAUCAUUCCCAACCGAAGACUUUUAUGAAAGUCUCAAGGAUGGUGUCAUUCUGUGCAAAUUGAUCGGCAAACUGCAACCCGGUUACGGUAAAUACAAAGUGUCCAAGAUACCAUUUAUGCAGAUGGAGAACAUAGCACGGUUUUUGGAAGGAGCUCAAAAGGCGGGAGUUCCUCAGCAUGACCUUUUCCAAACUGUGGAUUUAUUUGAGGACAAGAACAGGAUGCAGGUCGUCGAUGCCAUAUGGUCACUGUCAAGACAUGCGUACAAAAACGGUGCAGUCAAUACUUAUCUUGGUCCCAAGCUUGCAGAUAAGCAUGAGGUUGAGUUUUCACCAGAGGUGAUGAAGAAGGGAGAAACAACCUGGAAUACUGUUCAAUACGGAUAUAACAAGGGUGCAAACCAGUCGGGCAUGUCCUUUGGUGCACGAAGAGAAAUCGGUGGAUCGUAUAGAAACACUCCAUCGAACUCAAGCUAGCUGAAUUUUAACUUCUCUGAUGUACUUGUGAUGAUGUUGACGUUAUGCUUUGAUUGCUAUUAAUACUUACGAUUUCAAAGAUUUGACUAACAAUACAAAUCAUUUUGUUUUCCUGUUCAUUAUUGUGCAAUAGCUUUUUUGUUAUUAAAAAUACUCGUCUGUGAAACCAAAA